AUUACAUUUAUAACCCUGGUCUCAUUUAAAAAGAUAAAAGGUUACAACCAGGAAGUCAGAAUGAGUAAAAGUGAUUCUGAAAAUAAUGCCAAGCCUUAAGUGUCCCAUGGGUGGGACAGCGUCGCUUAUCAGGUUAAUGAAUAACUAUUUUGGUUAUUGCUUAAUUUUACUAUUGAUAAGAUCAAUUAGCGCCCUGUUAUUAGUUCGUAAGAGUUAUUUAUGUCUGUGAGUAAAGCAAGAGGCAUGUAUGUGCAUCAUUAUUUCAUCUUUGUUGACAUUAAUAACUUUGUAGAUGUAUUAUUAUAGUUUAUGGGAGGCAGGAGCGCAACUACAGUUGGACACAAUGACGCAAGCUAGGAGGCCGCUGAUUGGCUAAUCACCCUGCGCUGGGCCCAGGAGGCGCCUUCUGAUUGGCUGUCCGACGUCCUGGCAGCACGGAGCAACGGGUCUGUGUCUGUGUGCUGCGGGAGCCAUGUUGAUGCCUGGUUUUGUGUCAACCGCUGCACUCUGGAUGGUUAAAGGACUGCGUGUCGAAGACUGGGAGCCUUAGCGGUGUUUCCAGCACCGCGAUGAGAAGAGGAGAGCGCGCUGGGACGGUACAGGAGAGCUACGCGUAGCUCACCGGACAUCAGUCGAUUCAAGAGCAAAGUGAUGCUAGUUAGCUUGAUAGCUAGGUAGCAACAGCUGUGCAGGCGCUGCGUGGGAUGCGGCGGCGUGUGGACUAAAACAAUAUCCGCUCUGCUUGUUGCGUUUCGUUGAGCUAACGUUCGCUAGACUGCUUUAAGACUCAAACGAAGCUGCUAUAUUCACGCUAGCUUGCUUAAGAUGCCUUCGUAAAGCUCGCUAGCUGUUAGCUAACGUUAGCAUGCUGACAACCAGCUCGCAUCUUUCAGUCACGACUAACGUUUUGCUCGCUGAGCGGACCCUAACUUGUCGCUACUUUCAGACAGUCUGCCAGCUGUGGAGCAACCCCAAGAGCCCCCCAAAAGUGACCCCGAGUGGAGAUAAUGGCGAUGCAUGCAGCCUCUGUGGAAAGCUACCGAUUCUCCUGGCCAGCUUGUGAAGGAGCAGCUAACGGGCUAGCAGCGUAACUUUCCUCUCCGCGGUGUCACUCAGCAGCUGCAGAGAGCCCACUCUUCUUCUUCCUCCUCCUCCUCCUCCUCGCUAGCAGACCUGUCUCUCGUACCUGAAAGCAAGCUGGCGGCCCCCCGAGUAGAAGCAGAGGACAAGGAGCUGGGGCCGAUGGCCUGGGUGCUGAAGAUGGACGACGCCACCAUCGAGUCGGGGCUGGUGCACGACUUCGAUGCCAGCCUGUCCGGCAUCGGGCAGGAGCUGGGGGCUGGAGCCUACAGCAUGAGUGAUGUGCUGGCUUUGCCAAUCUUUAAGCAGGAGGACUCCAGCCUUCCUCCUGAAAACGAGACCAAAAAUCCCCCAUUCCAGUAUGUGUUGUGCGCCGCCACCUCGCCUGCUGUCAAGCUGCACGACGAGACGCUCACAUACCUAAACCAAGGCCAGUCUUACGAGGUGCGUUUGUUGGACAACAGGAAAACAGGGGAGUUUCCAGAGCUCAAUAACAAGAUGGUGAAGAGCAUAGUGCGAGUGGUGUUCCAUGACCGCCGGCUGCAGUACACAGAGCACCAGCAGCUGGAGGGCUGGAAGUGGAAUCGUCCUGGCGACCGUCUCCUUGACAUCGAUAUCCCCAUGUCAGUGGGCAUUGUGGAGCCGAAGACUCACCCCUCCCAGCUUAACGCUGCAGAGUUCCUCUGGGACUUAAACAAAAGAGCUUCUGUUUUUGUGCAGGUGCACUGCAUCAGCACAGAGUUCACUCCCAGGAAGCACGGCGGAGAGAAGGGCGUCCCCUUCAGGAUCCAGAUUGACACGUUCGCCCAGGGAGAGAGUGGAGAGUACACAGAGCACCUCCACUCAGCCUCCUGCCAAAUCAAAGUCUUCAAGCCAAAGGGGGCAGAUCGUAAACAAAAGACAGACAGGGAGAAGAUGGAGAAGCGCACAGCUCAAGAGAAGGAAAAGUACCAGCCUUCUUAUGAUACCACUAUCCUGUCAGAGUGCUCACCCUGGCCAGACACCGCCUACGUCAGCACCAACCAGGCAGCUACUCCCUCCUUCACCUCCACCCCACUGUCCACCUACACGACCUCCUCAGUACCGGACAGUGACUCUUCUUCUCCCAAUCACCAGGCAGACCCUGGCAGCCAUGGCAACACAGAGCAGUUGAGCCCCACUGCCUCCAUACAGGACGCCCAGAAGUGGCUUCUGAAAAACCGCUUCAACUCCUACACACGGCUCUUCUCUCACUUCUCAGGUUCUGAUUUGUUGAAGUUAACCCGGGACGACCUGGUCCAGAUUUGCGGGCCAGCAGAUGGGAUCAGACUCUUCAAUGCACUUAAAUCCAGAUCGGUGCGUCCAAGGUUGACGGUGUACGUCUGUCAGGAGUCGCCUCGGGAGAGCCCCCUGCUGGAGAGACACAGCAGCAAUGAAAAUGGAGAGCACAGCAUCUCCCCUAGUUUACAUGUGUACCACGCUCUGUAUCUAGAGGAGCUGACAGCAGCAGAACUGAUCCGCAAGAUGGCGUGUGUGUGCAGCCUUCCACUGGGAAAUAUCAACCAGGUGUACAGACAGGGUCCUACAGGCAUACACAUCCUGCUUAGUGAUCAGAUGGUUUACAACUUGCCUGACGAGAGCUGUUUUUUGAUCAGCACUGUCGAAGAUGAACUGGGCGAGGGACUCCAUCUAAUCCUGAAGUAGUGAGGAGGACAGAUGGCGUCACUAAUACUCCACCCUCUGUUUUGGAGCAGAAGCCUCCCUCUGUCCCUCCCUCCCUCCCUCCCUGCCUCUACUCCUCUACUUCCUCUCUCUGUCUCUCUUUCUCUCUCUCUCUCUCUCUCUCUCUGUCUUUCUCUCUCUCUCUCUUUCUCUCUCUCUCUCUCUCUCUCUCUAAAUGAUUGCCGGAUGGAAAGCAGAGAGACUGCGCUAAGCCAUGUAAAUGUUAGAAUCUGACAUGGGUGUGUCCACUGUUUCAUAUUGAAAACACUAUUAACGGAGGAGACUAGUUAAAAGAGGAGAGACUGGGAGGCACAGGGUUUAGGGGAAAGAUACUAAUGUUCUAUGUAUUUUGGUUUUAUUAUUUUUAUUGUUUUGUUUUUUUUUUGCUUUUGUUUUUUUUUUUUGUCUUUUAUAUGGUUCUGUGUGGCGAAGAGAGGGGGAGGCUCCAGGAGAGAGGGGAGAGAUGUUCUGGCUGGCAGGAGAAGGAGAGAAAGCAGAGUUGUUGUUUUUUUUCCCUUAUUGCUCGUUGCCCUUCCUACACAACGCGCACAACCAGCACUAGGCCAGUAUUUGAUAACCUUUUACUGCUGAACAGCAUGCGAUCUCAACAUACUAACUUGCUUUUAAAAGGAGAAUCCCAACUUACUCUGCUUGUUUAACAUUCGCGCGGGGGGUUGUCAUAGUGAACCAUUUAUUGAUCAGCUUGGUAACCCCUGAUAAUAUCCAGGCUAAAUUUGUGGAGGUGGCGUCAUUUGUGGAUCUUGUCGCCAUCAUUCAAAUCUUUUUUUUUUUUUUUUUUUUCUUGGAAUUUGUUGGACGGACUGAUUUCAUUCAUACGUGUCCCGUAGAGUCACCUGAUGUGAUUUUUAGACUUCCAGCCAUAUCUGUCUGCCCCCCCCCCCCCACGUCGACACGAUGUCACACACACUCUAUCUUAAAAGUACGUCCUGUUUGGCCUGCGCUUUUUACCGUUUUUAGUUGAUGCUUCUAUUUAUGGCUGAGCGUUUUCUAUUGCUCUCAUUGAAAUUACUUGUUUUUGGUGCCAUAUUGGCUUCUUUUUUUUUUUUUUUUUUUAAGCUCUUUUACUCACAUUCACGCAAACAAACACAUGGAGCACACAUACGCCUCAUCUUUUACUCCUCUGCUUUCCGUGCUUUCUUUGAAACACUGGUUGAAAGGAGUGUGGUUUACGCCUUCUGGGAUUUUGGCCAUGUAUGUGCAGAAAAAAACGGGAGCGAGCCUCUGUAGAAGACUGACACGCAGAGCAGUAACGCCUAUCCAAAAAACCUACUAUAAUGUGGACCAAAUGGUUUCCGAUUGAUAGGCAUUUUUAGAGGAAAAGCCUCGUUGGCUCUGUACAUCUUGGUCAUUAGAAGCAUUCAUCAGAUGGCAAAUUAAACCCUCAUCUAGUGGAGUUGCUUGUGCGCCGCAUGUACAAAGUCCUGAACCCUCCUAUGCCAGAAUCUGCUUCACAAGAAACUUACCCAUUACGCAGCAGUCUGGUAGAAACGUAUCAGCGCGACAGCCUGGUUUCAAUUGUCUUAUCCUGUAGACUAGAAAAUCAUGGCAGCUCCACAUCCAUCUCCAGAAUCUUGUGUUGUUUUUAUGUAGCUGAACACAGGAAGUGCAGAUCAAGUGUUUUUGAGUGCCCUCACCUUUUGAAAAGUGACAGGAAACCUCACACAGGUCCUGGGAGUCGCUGUUGGUUUAGUCGACCCCCUUAAUUUUUUUGGUACACAGUGUCUGGCAAUGUUGAAGUGCAUACAGUACGUAUGUUUGUGUGCAUUGCACGCCCUCUAAGUGUCAGAAAGUGUGUAUGUGUGUGUGCAUGUGUAUCAUUUUUUCGUUUCUUGCAAAGAAGACUUGAUUAUGUCAGUACUCGUCAUGAACUUUUUCCUGUUGGUAUGAUCAAACUGUGUUUAGCUUGCCAUUUAGUAAAGAACAUGUGGAAGAUGGGGAAGAGAGGAGUAAUUUGGGUCUUGGUGAGUGUAACCCCCUCCCCCCCUCCUUCUUUUUCCAGAUGUUAGAGACCAAGCCUGCACUGAAAAAUCACAAAACUCAAGCUUGAUGUGUAGUCAGUAGUCCUACAGCCACACCCUCUUCUUAUCCGCCUAUGACAAGGAGAACAAAAAAAUAACAAAAAAAAGAAUGUCGAGACUAAAAAAGCGUCUGUGUGUUCGUCUCACCACACACACCAGAGCCGGGACUGUAGCUCUUGUGGUGUUUACAAGGACAUGAGUACCACAGCACAGUAAACUGUUCGACUCAAAAAUUAGUGCGUAUAGAGCUGACGUGAUGCCAAGUCGGGCGGAACUCCGGUGAGCAGUUCUGGUCUCCCGAGGGGCCUGACCGAUCAUCUGUCUCUCUGUGUGACAGAGUGUGUGUAAGCGUGUGCGUGUGUGUGUGAGGGAGUGAGCGAGCAGGAGAGGUGACCACUGUUCAUGUACAGCCUAAUGUCAAUGAUGAUGCUUCUCAUGUGCACAUGCUGGAGAUGUACACGACCACAUGUGCUGGGAAUAAAUGAUUUCAUAACUUUC